AGAAAAAAAUAAAAAGCGCCAGUCGAGCAACCCCACCUGCAUCUCUCCUUUCUCUUUCCUCUCUUUCCUUUCUUGCAACAAAAAGCAAACCAUACCUCCUUCAAUCCCCCCUCCAAACCGAAAGCAGUAAAAAGAGAAGGACCAAAAUGCCCCUCCUCCCUCUUCUCUUCUUUCCUCUCUUCUUCUUCUUCUUCCACCACCUGCCCGCCCUGACCGCCUUGCCCAACCCCGAUCCCGCCACCAUCCAGCCAUUCUUCCCAAGCUCUCCGCCGGCCACAAUCCCGGCCUUCCCCGAGCAAUCCGACGUGGCGGGCUGCCCGCUCGACCUGCCCGAAGAUCUCUUCCCGGCUAUCGCCCACGCCUGCGUUGGGAAGGACAAAAAGGCCCCCAGCAAGGACCGCUGCUGCCCAGUCCUCGCCACGUGGCUUUAUGCGGCCUUCUCUGGCACGGCGCUGAGCAGGGCGGGCAGGCUGCCAACCGCGACAUACGACAUGCCCGUCCUGCCCGAUGACUCGGAGACGUGCGUGGAGAACCUGGAGAAGGCGAUGCGGCGGCGCGGGAUCGAACUGCCACGCCCCAAUGCCACGUGCGACGUGGUGUACUGCCACUGCGGGAUUCGGCUGCACGUGCCGAGCUGUACAGAGGCGUUUGGGGUGUCUGAGGAAGGGAAGGUGGUGGGGGAUGCGAGGGUGCGGAGGCUCGAGCGCGAAUGCCGCGGACCACCGAGUCUCGCAGGGUGUAACAAGUGCUUAAGGGGCCUCUACCAGCUGAAUGGGGGGAAGAGAGCGACGAACGGAAGCGAGACGGACAGAAAGAACAAGAUGCACAACAGGGAUUGCGAGCUUAUGGGGAUGACGUGGCUCCUGGCCAAGAACAGAAGCGUCUACAUUCCCACGGUUUCAGCGGUCCUGCGGGCUAUCAUGAUGGGCGGCAAUGAUGGCUCUCCCGAACCUCGAUCUUGCAGCCUCGACAGGGACGGGAUGCCUUUGGCCGUUGAUUCUGCUGAGCUGGACGGUCUGUCUGCCUCCAUUGCCGUCCGAUCUCCUUCCCAUCUCGUCAUAUUUCUCGCCUCUCUUUACUGGAUUUGCAUCUUCUUCUCGUUUCGUUUCUAAUCCUUUCCAACGUAAUUUCAUGUGUUUUUUUGUUC